AUGUCUCAUCUGCACGUCAUUGUCGUCGGUGCCGGCCUAAGUGGGAUUGCAACAGCGAUCUCAUGCACCCUCGCGGGCCAUCGAGUAACAGUACUUGAAUCAGCAAAAGAGCUUGCAGAGACCGGGGCAGGCCUUCAAAUCACACCAAACUCCUCCCGGCUAUUGCGGGGUUGGGAUCUGGAGGAUUCUUUGUGGAGAAAUGCCGCGGAGCCAACUUAUCUGUCCGUACGCAGAUACUCAGAUGGCGCAACGUUAGCUAUGGGCAAGGCCUUUAACAAAAAUAUGCGUGAUAGAUAUGGAGCACCAUUUCUCGAUUUACAUCGAGUCGAUUUGCAACGUGCUCUUUAUAAUCGCGCAGUUUCUCUUGGUGUUAUAUUUGAAUUCAACCAAAAGGCAGAAUCCAUCGAUUUCGAUACUCCGGAGGUUACCACAGCGUCAGGGGCAAAGUUUCGCUCAGAUCUCAUUGUGGCCGCAGAUGGGCUUUGGUCUCGAUGUCGGGACUGCUUUGUGCCCGAAAAUGGGGCGCCUCUUCCAACUGGAGAUUUGGCGUAUAGAGUUGUCCUGUCAUUAGAUCAGAUUAAAGAUCCCGAGCUGCGAGAAUGGGUUAGCAACCCUUCGGUGAACUUCUGGAUCGGACCUAAAGCGCAUGCAGUGGCUUACUCACUAAGGGGAGGAGAAAUGUUUAACAUUGUCCUGCUUGUCCCCGACGAUCUCCCAGCUAGUGUUAGUCGUCAAUCAGGUUCUGUGGAAGAAAUGAAAGCCCUCUUCAGCGGCUGGGAUCCAGUUCUAUCGAAGUUCCUGGACAUAGUCCAGCAAGUUGAUAAGUGGAAAUUAAUGCACCGUCAAGAGUUGGUUUCCUGGGUUAGCGAUAAUGGCGAUGCAUGCCAUCCUAUGCUACCAUAUCUUGCACAAGGAGCCAACUCUGCCAUAGAGGAUGGGGCAGUUCUCGGAUAUCUACUGGGAAAGAUCGAAACAAAAAAGCAGAUUCCACAGGCAUUGAAGUUGUAUGAGCAGCUGCGCAAAGCCCGUGGAGAGACUAUAGCAAAAGAAACAUUUAAGCAGCGGCAGGCUUUCCAUAUGCCAGAUGGCCCUGAGCAAGAGGUUAGGGACGAAUUGUUCCUGUCACAACUCAAUAGUGGACCCACAGGAGACCCGUUCCCCAGUAGAUGGACUUGCCCACAAGUGCAGCCAUGGUUAUACGGUUAUGAUGCGUAUGCAGAAGUUGAAGAGGCGUUAAAAAGAGCACCAAUUCUGGAAGUUGAUGAUGAGAUAUCUUCACAGAGAGGACAUUCUACGAAAGAUAAAGUCUCUGUAAAAGAGGCAGUGUAG